AUGAUGGCUUCCAAUAUGCCUCUCCCUAUUCCUCCACGCACGCCUACUCCGCCGGCGGACGAUUCAUCCUACAAUGCAUUCACAAACCCUAGAGUUACUGUUGAUCGCGAUGCCUUGUCGCCACUGCGGGAUACGUUCUCCCAAAGCUUCUCGCUAGACUCAGAAAGUCGGGACCAUCUAAGCCCUACAAAGGCAUCGUUCAAUUCAAGCUCCGGGCCUGCAGAAUCGACAUCUGAUCAGAAUGGCUCGACCGACUCUACGCCAGCGGGCCCCUUCAAUUUCAAUACGACAGUGAUGGCAAAGAGCCCUGUGGUGAAAUCGAAUAUCGGACAACGUCGUGGUCACAAAUACAAGCACAGUAGUAUUUCGCACCAGAUCUUCCUUGAGCCCCCCCCCUCGCGCGCCCUUGGCUCUUCCCAAUUCACUCCCUAUCCCAACACUCAUGUGUGUCAUAUGUUCGUAGCUGCGUAUACACUAUGGACGGCGCAUGGCUCGCUGGCGAUGACUGCGUUGUCCCAUUUGAUUUUGUUUGACUCCCUGGGAGCUCUUCUAUGUGUUGCUGUGGAUGUUCUGGGCAAUUUCGAGGUCUGGAAAAGAUCCAGCAUCCGCCAUCCGUUUGGUCUGGAACGGGCGGAAGUUCUCGCCGGUUUCGCCAUGUGUGUCCUGCUUCUCUUCAUGGGCCUCGACUUGAUAUCACAUAAUCUGCAGCAUUUCUUGGAGAAGUCGGGCCAUGAGCCUCACCACCCACACCCCCAUGACCGCGUGCCUCUAGGAAGCGUUGACGUGACUGCCGUUCUGGCUAUCACUUCAACUCUUGUCUCCGCGAUUGGCCUGAAGAACCAUGCGCGAAUUGGAAAAGCCAUGCGUUUUGCAUAUAUCGACUCUCUUCCUUCCGUCCUGAGCAAUCCAACCCACUUCCUGACUCUUUCAUGCUCUGUUCUCCUGCUUGUGCUCCCAUUGGUGUCGAUUCAGAUUUACAAUUGGCUCGAUAAGCUCUUGUCAGGUACCAUCGCCCUCUCAAUGUGCUUCCUCGGAGUUCGAUUGGUAAAGACAUUGGGCUCAAUGCUUCUGAUGUCAUACUCGGGCCCAGGUGUAGCCGAGGUUGUCAAGGAUAUUGAAGCAGAACCUUCGGUAUUUGGCGUUGAUGAUGCACGAUUUUGGCAGGUCCAUUAUGGGUUGUGCAUGGCCAACGUCAAGUUACGUGUCUCGGGCAGUGAGGACAAUAUCUCUCGUUUGCGAGAGAAGAUAUCCAGCCUGAUUCGAAAUCGGCUUGGUGGGGGCUACGGUACUGGAGGACAGAAGUGGGAGGUCUCCCUUCAGUUCACUAUUGAGCGGACUUGA